AUGGAGCAGAGAAGACAGUCGAAGAGGCAGGAUGAAACUGCUAUAGUUGCUGUUGUGCUUGCUGCUGUACCUGCUGUAGAAUCCACUUCUGGUACAACUAAAGCUGAUGAAGUUGCUGCAGAAUCUGAUCCUAGAACUACUGCUACUGGAAUUGAUGAGACUAAAGAAGUUAAUCCUGAAAUCAUUGCAGAUGAACUGAUAAAAUCUCUGCCACUCUCUCAGCUAGUGGACUACUACAAAGUUCUGGAGGUUGAUUAUGACGCAACAGAUGAGACUAUUAGAUUGAAUUAUCGAAAACUUGCACUAAAGUGGCACCCUGACAAGAACAAAGGCAAUAGUUUUGUCACGGCAAAUUUUCAGGUGAUAAAUGAAGCUUACAAGGUUCCAAGUGAUCCAGCUAAGCGACUUGAGUAUGAUAUAUCUGGCGCUUACGAGAUCAAUGGAUAUACUUUAAGAGAAUAUCUUACCAGGUUCAAAGGGAUGAUACUAUUUCUCACCUGCAAUGGUCUUGGUAUCAAUCAUACGCCAUUUUGGACACAACAGCUGAUAAAAACUGAAACAAUUGACCAGUAA